CGCAACGCAACACCCAGCAUAGCGCUCCAGCUCGGCUCCAUAACCCAGCACCCAUCAUGGAACAGAUGACCAAGAAAGAGACCAUGGCCCUCAGGGACAAGCACAUAGGAAAGUCGUGUCAGUUGUUCUUCCGUCAAGAUCCGUUGAAGAUAAUGAGGGCGAAGGCCCAAUAUAUGUAUGACGAGAAAGGCGACGCCUAUUUGGACUGUAUUAAUAAUGUUGCUCAUGUCGGCCAUUGCCACCCGGCCGUGGUGGAGGCCGGCUGCCGUCAAAUGUCAAUCCUCAACACCAACAACCGCUUCCUCCACGACAACAUCGUCCUCUGCGCGCAACGCAUCAUCAACACCAUGCCCGACAAGCUCUCCGUCUGCUAUUUCGUCAAUUCCGGUUCGGAAGCCAACGACUUGGCCCUUCGUCUCGCCCAAAUCCACACCGGAAAUCGCCAAAUCAUCACUUUGGAGCAUGCGUACCAUGGCCAUUUGACUUCGUUGAUUGACAUUUCCCACUAUAAGUUUAAUCUUCCUGGUGGGCCGCCACAAAAAGACCAUGUCCAUGUGGCUUCCUGUCCCGAUAUAUAUCGUGGGAAGUACCGCGAUUCCGACUAUACGAAAGAAGAACUGUCAAAAUUAUACUCUGAUGAGAUUUUGACAAUCUGUCAAAAUGUCUCAGAUGAGAAAGGAGAGAAAAUCUGCGCUUUCAUCGCUGAGAGUCUCCUGAGUUGUGGUGGUCAAAUUUUCCCGCCUGAAAAUUACAUGAAAAAUGUCUACAAUCACGUGAGACAAAAUGGCGGCGUUUGUAUCGCCGAUGAAGUCCAAGUUGGCUUUGGACGUUUGGGGAAACACUGGUGGGGCUUCCAGAUGCACGACGUGGUACCAGACAUAGUGACGAUGGGUAAACCCAUGGGUAAUGGGCAUCCCAUUGCUGCAGUGGUGACAACUGAAGAAAUCGCUGAAAGUUUCCGAAAAACCGGCGUCGAGUACUUUAACACAUACGGUGGCAAUCCUGUUUCUUGUGCCAUAGCCAACGCUGUUUUUGAUACUAUCGAGAAGGAGAAUUUACGAGAGCAUGCAUUAGUCGUCGGGGAGUAUUUAUUUGACAGCUGUCAAAUUUUAGCAAAGAAACACACCUGUAUUGGGGAUGUGCGUGGUGUUGGUUUGUUUCUGGGGAUUGAAAUUGUUAAAGAUCGGGAUUUGAGGACGCCGGAUAAAGACACGGCCAACUAUGUUGUCAAAAGGAUGCGGGAGGAGCACAUUUUGGUCAGUGCUGACGGUCCGGAUUGCAACGUAAUAAAAAUAAAACCCCCUAUGGUUUUUACCAAAGAAAAUGUUGAUGAAGUUGUUUCGACCCUUGAUCGAGUUUUGAAGGAGUUGAGGGAGAGUUUGCAGAAAUUGUCGAAUGGGAAAAGCACCGAAAUGCCGAGUAAAGAGCCAAGGACGAGGAAAUCGCCCAAAGAAGAUAGGAUUAAGUCGAUUUAAUUUAUUGUUCAGUAUUUUGUAUGUUUUCUGUGAAAAUAAAUCUAUUGUGAAUUA